AUGUCUGAAAGUGGACCAUCUUCUUCCUCUACUCUCCCUCCACAAUCUUCCCUGCCAACUGGACCGAAUGUAGAUCAAAAACCGUCGGUUUUGGUUCUCGGAAUGGCUGGAUCUGGAAAAACUACGUUUGUUCAGCGCCUCACUGCCUUCCUUCACGCCCGUAAAACUCCACCAUACGUGAUCAAUCUGGAUCCGGCAGUGACAAAAGUACCGUACCCAGUGAAUGUGGACAUUCGGGAUACUGUAAAAUACAAAGAAGUGAUGAAAGAGUUCGGAAUGGGACCGAAUGGAGCAAUCAUGACUUGUCUGAAUCUGAUGUGCACUCGAUUUGAUAAAGUCAUUGAGUUGAUUAAUAAGAGAUCAGACGACUUCUCAGUUUGUCUUCUCGAUACUCCCGGACAGAUUGAGGCGUUCACUUGGAGUGCAAGUGGAUCGAUUAUUACCGAUUCGUUGGCUAGUAGUCAUCCUACUGUCGUGAUGUACAUUGUCGACUCGGCUCGUGCCACCAACCCGACCACAUUCAUGUCGAAUAUGCUCUACGCGUGCUCCAUUCUCUACCGUACCAAACUUCCAUUCAUCGUCGUCUUCAACAAAUCAGACAUUGUAAAACCGACGUUCGCACUGAAAUGGAUGCAAGACUUUGAGAGAUUCGAUGAGGCACUCGAAGACACUCGAUCCAGUUAUAUGAAUGAUUUGAGUCGUUCGUUGAGUCUCGUCUUGGAUGAAUUCUAUUGUGGAUUGAAGACUGUGUGUGUCAGUUCUGCGACUGGAGAAGGAUUCGAUGAUGUGAUGACAGCGAUUGCUGAAAGUGUUGAGGCAUACAAGAAGGAAUAUGUUCCGAUGUAUGAAAAGGUUUUGGCAGACAAACGACAGAUGGAUGAAGUGGAGAAAAAGAAGCGGGAGGAGGAGGCUCUAAAAGGAAAACCGGUGCACGACUUGAAGAAAUCAACUGGCGACGAGGACGACGAUUUGGAUCUCAAUACGAAAGUGGACCGUAUUCAUUUGGGAGGUGUCGAUGAGGAGAAUGAUGAGGAUGCCGAGUUGGAGAGACACUGA